AGUGGGAGGAAUAAUGCCCAGUCAUUGGUUUUAGUGGGAGGAAUAGUGCUCCAUCAUUGAUACUAGUGGAAGGAAUAAUUACCCAUCAUUAGUGUCAGUGGUAGGAAUUAUGCCCCACUGUUGGUGUCUGUGAGAGGAAUAGUGCCGCCAUCUAUGGUAUUAUUGAGAGGAAUUGUGCCCCAUCGUUGGUGUCAUUGCGAGGAAUUGUGCCCCAUCGUUGGUGUCAUUGUGAGGAAUUGUGCCCCUUCAUUAGUGUCAUUG